AUGACUAGUCGUUAUCAGCAAACUCCUGGCAUUGCCCAUUGGACUGCUGUUAAGAACAUUCUGAAGUAUCUGAGAAGAACUAAAGAUAUGUUCUUAGUAUUUGGAGGAGUAGAAGAAGAGCUCACUAUAAGAUGUUACACUGAUACUAGUUUUCAAACUGACCGAGAUGACUCUCGCUCUAAAUCAGGUUUUGUAUUCACUCUAAAUGGAGGAGCUAUCUCAUGGAAGAGCUCCAAGCAAAGUGUGGUGGCGGAUUCAACCACCGAAUCUGAAUAUAUAGCCGCAUCUGAUGCUGCAAAGGAGGCUGCUUGGAUGAAGAAAUUCAUAACCGACCACGAUGUGGUUCCAAGCAUUAAGAAAUCCAUCGAGAUAUUCUGUGAUAACACAGGUGCUAUUGCUUAA